UAGAAAGUCCCCAUUUCUAGAUUCGUCCGUGGAAAAACUUUCUGCAAGGUAAAGACAAGAGGUUUGAAGUAGCGAUAAAGUAGCUUGAUCUCCAAGCCUGCUGGCUUAUAAAUAGAUGAGGCCUUCAGCACCAGGGACCAAGUGCAGCAGAUCUUCCGAAGCGAGAGAAACACUUUUCGUUUCCAAGACAAACAAAAUGGGCAGCGAAGAUGUUGUUCUGUAUGGCACAUGGAAUAGCCCUUUUGUCAUCAGAGUGAAAUUGGCCCUGAAAUUGAAGGAGGUGGAGUACCAAUACGUUGAAGAAGACCUGUUCAACAAGAGCCCCAUGUUGCUGCAGUACAACCCAGUUUACAAGAAGGUCCCGGUGCUCGUGCACGCCGGAAAACCGAUAGCGGAGUCGACUGUGAUCCUCCAAUACAUCGAUGAAGUAUGGCCGCAAAAUCCAAUCAUGCCCGAGGACCCCUACGACAGAGCCAUGGCCAGGUUCUGGGCCAAGUUUCUUGAUGAAAAGUGUUUGGACGGCAUGUGGGCUGCAAUUGGACCUUUUACAGAUGAGCCGGGGAAGAACGUGGAGCCUGCUCUGGCAGCGUUUCAGGUGCUAGACGAUCAUCUGAGAGGCCGGAAAUUCUUUUCCGGCGAGACCGUUGGAUACGCCGACUUAGUCGCGGGGUGGAUUCCUCGCUGGCUGGCGGCGGUGGAAGAGGUUUCGGGCACAAAGCUACUUGAUCCUGAAAGAUUCCCGUCACUUCACGCUUGGGCCUGCAAUUUUCUCGAGGUUCCGAUCCUCAGGGACAACCAAACUCCUCAUGACAAGCUUGUUGGACGCAUGAAGGAGUACAGGGAGAUGUAUUUGGCUAAGUUAAAGUGAGCACGCGGUGUUCCGUUCACCGGCCACAGUCCUGCAAGCAACCAUGAUCAUUCUCUUGUGUGGUUAUCGUCAUGUCUACCUUAUCAGUUGCCCAUUUGGAUGAUUGACAGAAAAACACGAAGUAAAAAGUAAAAAAUGAUACAAAAAGAUGAAAAUGUUCAUCACUUUUUUUCAUUGUUUUUUCUGUUAACUUUAUAUCAUUAUGGAUCGAAUGGCCCUAGUUAAAUGAUUGUAUUGUCAAUAUCUGUUCUCCAAAUAUAUUGUUAUAUGAACGUGCGAUUCACUGAUGGGUGCCUAAUUGUUGGGCAUUUUCCCCCAGUUGGAUCAUUACUUCAAAU